UGUUUUAUUCACACGACGCUUCAUUUCGGAUUCCUUUCAAGUUCAUUUUUACAGUGGGUAUCAUUAUCAAGCAAAGGCAACAUUUUAAUCCUGCGACAGAAGAAAUGGCACAUGGGCGGAAGCAGAAGUAAACAUUGAAAUAAACAGCUGAAACUCCGUUUGUCUUAAGCACAAGGAGAGGAGACUGGGGUGGGUGUUGAUGGCAGAACGAGGUCCUGAACACGCUUAAGCACUCCAUGGUCUCCCAUCUGAAUCGCACUGUUUUGGGAACACAGUGAGCUCUUACUCGGAGGGGUCAGCACUCAUGGAUAUGCAUGUAAAAACUGAGCCUGGUGGUCAGGAUGCUUCCAACCCUGAAUAUUGUACUGAGGUACAGGGCUUCAGUGCUGAAGAGAUGGGCUCAGAGCCACAUCUGGAUACUGACCACAUUAAAACUGAGAUUGUCAUGGUGAAAAUAAAGGAGGACAGUGUGGAUCUACAGCUGUGCAGCACCACUGAGGUGCUCUUGCCUCCAUCAGAGCAGUUAAACUCUAGUCUUUUAUACCAACAAUGUAAGUCGGAGACAUGUGACAUUAAAGUAGAGCAGCAGUCUGAGCUCCAGGAACCUUCUUUUCUCCAGAAAGAACUUAACAAAGUUGCUCCUUAUGGCCUAAAGGAAGAAUGUGCCGAUCUACAGGUGCAUGAAUUAAACUCUGUUUCUUGUCAGUUACCCACACAAUUUAAACUGGAGACAAAGGAAGUUAAGGUAGAGGAGCACUCUGAGUUUGAGGUACGUUCUUGUACGAAGAAGGAAUUUGAUGAAGAUGUUCAUUAUGGAAUCAAAAAAGAACAUGCAGACCUACAGGUGCACAUUCUUCAUCCUUUGUCCAAACACUGUAAGUCAGAGACCGACGAAGUUAAGACGGGGCAGUAUUCAGAGACGUCGUUCAGUACAGAGACCGUACCUAAUGAAGGUGUAGAUGAUGUUUUACAGAAGAAUUCUAUGGCUCUAGAUAACAGUUUAAUUAUUGCAGGAAAUGAUAUCCAGACACAGGGUGAUCUGGAACAUCUCGUGGGACCUGCUGCUUGUGGUGUAACGGACAAUGCCAGUAAAGGGUCAUACCAUGAGAGUGUUACUCAUAAAACCCAAACAUGGCAAUGUCUUAAAUGCAGAACGGUUUUUAAAAGUCACUCAUACCUGAAAAACAAUUUGCAGAUUCAAUCAUUUGAUAAAUAUUGUUGCACAGAGUGUGGAACAGCUUUUUCUCAAAACUGUUGCUUAAAACAGCACAAGUGUGUUAAUUCUAGUGAGAAACCAUAUAAAUGUGAAUGUGGGAAAAGUUUUUCCCGAGCAGGUCACUUAAAACACCACCACUAUGUACAUUCUGGUGUGAAACCGUACACGUGUGGUGAAUGUGGAAAAGGUUUUUCUCAAGCAGGCAACUUAAAACAGCACCAGCUUGUCCAUUCUGGCACAAAACCUUACAAAUGUAGUGACUGUGGAAAAAGCUUUUCCCAGGCAGGUAACUUAAAAGAACACCAGCGUGUUCAUUCUGGUGAGAAACCAUAUAAAUGUAGUGAAUGUGAAAAAAGUUUUUCUCAUGGAAGUACCUUGAAACAGCACCAGCUUAUCCAUUCUGGUGAGAAACCAUUUAAAUGCAGUGACUGUGGAAGAAGUUUUUUCCGAGCAAAUCUCUUAAAACAGCACCAGUGUGUUGAUUCUGGUGAGAAACCAUAUAAAUUUAUUCAAUGUGGAAAAGGUUUUUCUCAUCCAGGUGUUUUAAAACAGCACCAGCGUCUUCAUUCGGGUGAGAAAGUGUGUCAGUGCAAUCAAUGUGGAAAAAGGUUUUCCAGCAGAGGUCAGUUAAAACAGCACAAGCGAGUCCAUUCUGGCGAGAAACCGUAUAAAUGUACUGAAUGUGGAAAGAGUUUUUCUCAUGGAGGUAACUUAAACCAGCACCAGCUUGUUCAUUCUGGUGAAAAACCAUAUAGUUGCAGUCAAUGUGGGAAAAGUUUUUCCCGAUCUGGUGAGUUAAAAGUCCAUAAUCGUGUUCAUUCUGGUGAGAAACCAUAUAAAUGUACUGAAUGUGGGAAGAGUUUUUCCCAAGCAGGUAACUUAAAAGAGCAUCUGCUUAUUCAUUCUGGUAAAAAAACAUAUAAAUGUAGUGAAUGUGGAAAAAGUUUUUCUCAGGGAAGUACCUUAAAACAACACCAGCGUGUUCAUUCUACAAAACAACCGUAUAAAUGUAGUGACUGUGGAAAAAGCUAUUCUCAUGGAAAGACCUUAAAACAGCACCAGCGUGUUCAUGCCACAGAAAAACCAUAUAAAUGUAGUCACUGCAGUAAAACAUUUGGCCAAGUUUCUAAGCUGCAUCAAUCUGUUCACCGUGCCGAGAAGCCAUAUAAAUGUAGUCAAUGUGGAGUGAGCUUUUCUCGUGGAUAUAUUUUAAAACUCCAUCAGCGUAUUCAUUCUGGUGAGAAACCAUAUAAAUGCAGUGAUUUUGGGAAAAGUUUUUCCAGUGGAAGUGCCUUAAAACAGCACCAGCGUAUUCACGCCAGUGAGAAACCAUAUAAUUGUAGUGAUUGUGGGAAAAGUUUUUCCAGUGGAAGUAACUUAAAACGGCACCAGCUUUUUCAUUCUGGUGAGAAACCAUAUAAAUGUGGUGAAUGUGGAAAAGGUUUUUCUCGAUGUAGUCGCUUAAUAGCCCACCAGUGUGUUCAUUCUGGCGAGAAGCCAUAUGAAUAUCAUGAAUGUGGGAAAAGUUUUUCUCCAGAUAGUCACCUAAGACUCCACCAGUAUGUUCAUUCUGGCGAGAAACCAUAUAAAUGUAGUGAAUGUGGGAAAAGUUUUUCUGGAUCUUCAAAUUUUAAACUCCACCAGCGUGUUCAUUCCAAUGAGAGACCAUAUAAGUGCAGUGAUUGUAGAAGAAGUUUUUUGUGUGGAGGUGACUUAAAAAAGCACAAGCUUACUCAUUCCCCUGAGCAGCGGGUUGUGUAGUGGCUAGAGCUGCUGCCUCUGACCUUAGAGGUCAUAGGUUUGAGUCCCACCAUCUGCUGUAAUAUUCUUUUGCCAGAUAGUUACCCUGAAUAAUUCCAGUAAAAGUUGUCCAGUUGUAUAAAUGGAUAUAUUGUUGUAAGUGGCACAACACUGAACGCUACUUUGGAGAAAAGCUAUGCAUACAACCAUCCCUCUCUGUAUGAACUCCUUAUUCAGAAAUUUCACUAUAAUGGUUCUUGGCUUUUGAUACAUAGUUUUUGAUUUAUGGAACAAAUGAAAAUCCAUAUAGUAAAAUUUGUGAAACAUCCAAAAAACAAAAUUGAAAGUUGGAUGGAUGAAAAAUGAAAGGCACAAGUGAAGUGAAAGUGCAGUAAUGUACUGUCAUUGACACAUCUGUAUUUAGAUCUCUCUGCCCUUUGGUUAGGAAUGUGAGUGCUGAAAUGAAAUUCCACAGGAGUAUCUGUUGGCCAUGUCAUGUGUGUUAUUGAGUUGAAUGAUUGCAGAGAUAGCAGAACAAUUACCACAAAGAGAUUAGCUGAUGGUUUUUCGGGUAUGCAUAUGCAUUUUAGCAGCAGUGCGCAGUUUUAGAAAGUUGUCCACAAUAAGCACAAUGUGCACAGUGGAUUCCUGCUUGGUUUAUUGCUCAUCCUGCAGUUAAAAAAGAAAAGUUGUAAAUACCCUGGAGCAGUAAGUGUGUAAAGUUAUGUGUUUUAUAUCAUGCUGAAAUUGGGGGUUGAUAGUUACAUAGGUGUUAUACAGUGUUGUAAGGAUAUUUGCAAAAAUUUGUUUGGGGUUUUUGUCUGUCUCUCAGGGCAUAUAUCCACUCUAGUAGAAUUUUUCUGUUCUGUGUAUUCUAGGGCAGGAGAGGUGCCAGAGAGGAUGGUGUUCAGGGGUCUCGGACUGUGCCAGCAGACAGUGCGCAGCACUGGAGUGAUCGUGGUGUGGUGCUGGACAUGGUGCAGUUUGGGAAAGAAUCCGUUAUCUGGACACUGUGCUCAUUACCAUCAGGGUGCUUGUGUUCCCUGGCCUAAUGUUGCUUGGCCAAAGCAGAGUUGUCACCCACACUGCAGCUGCGUGAAUGCAGACGGAGGAGCGCUAACUUUCAGCAUUACAGUACAUUUGUGUGAAAACACCACGUUAUAAACCCUUAAAACUGCACUGGCAGGUUAACCGUACCUGAGAGGCUCACCUAAGAAGUGAACGAUGGGGCAAAAAAUUUUGUAUCUUUACCCCUCCCCACCACCAUGACAGUUUUAUAAUCAAAGUGGUCGAUGCUCUUUAGAGAGACUUGUGGAGCAGUCAUUUUACAUUUACAUUGAUUUAUUUAGCAGAGGCUUUUCUCCAGAGAGACUUACAAUGGAUACUUGUUAUUGAGUGAAUGGAAAAAAAAACGCUACUGCUACGUGAAAUUUCAUAACGCUAUGAUGUCAUGACGAGAACUGCAUUGGAAAGUUACACAAAGAUUUGGCCUUAGUGUAGAAAAGGUCACAAGGUAUGUUUGUGAGUGGUGGUUUAUCAUGUGUACUUCUGUUAAUGUUGUAGACUUGGACUCAUGGCCUCGUGAAGAUAGCUGUACACAUUGAAGCACUGUAAGUGCUUUUGGGAGUUUCACCUUUUUUCCCCAAUUACACCAUUAGUGAAUGUUAAUGGCGGUCUAUUGUUAAUGUGCGAUUUGAUGUCAUUUAACCAUCUGCAAAGGUUAAAAGUAUUUGGGGUAAACCAGUAGAUUCUGUUUCUGUUUUAUCAGUUUGUGUUUUUUAGAGUUUGAUAAGAUAUGGUAUUACAGCAUGGUAUGGAAACCUGACUAUCCAGUCAAAAUCGAAACUUGCACGACUAGUACAUAAUGCUCUAAAAAUUAUAGGGCGAGAAGAGAAAUGAUCCAUACAGGAGUUGAACAAGGUUAUCUAUUUUAAAACAGGAAAAAAAAAAUUGCCUCUGAUGACACACAUAUUCGAUUUAGGAUUCUGAUGUGUAAAUCAAAUUGUUACAGAAAUUCUUUUG